AUGUUGUGCCACCCCGCCUGCCUAGAGAAGCACAUCGCGGACAGGCGGCAGAGCGAGAGGGACCACAUCAGCGAUGAGGCUGAUGUGUGUAGAGUGUGCGGCAAGAAGUUCAGGGUCAAGCUACUUUGGAAGUGGACGUCGAACAGAAUAUUCUCCACCACCAGCUGUGGGAUGUACUUCAACUUUGCAGCCCUCCUAUUCUCUGCCUUUGCAUUUUUCUACUCGGCGUUCUACCUGCUGAACUCAGACGUGACACGGAUACAGAGUUACAAGCCUGAGCGCCAGCAGCAGAGGGAGACCACCUUGGUUGUCGGCCUGGUGGUCGUCAUAGCCGUGCUGAUGGUCUUCGUGGUGCACCGCCUAUACCACAGGUGGAAACGCCACCAAAUGGACGCUGAAUUGCUUGACAUAGUUUAG